CGGGUUCAGACUGAGAGGCUGUCUCUCGAACAGCCGCAGCCGAGUCCGUUGGGUUUGGGAACCUGUGGCCCGGCUCUCCACGCGUCCCCGUCCCCCCUGUGGCCCUGGUCCCGGCCAUGAAGCGCAUCUUCUCCUGCUCCAGUUCACAAGUGGCGGUGGAGAGGUGGAACCGUCGUGAUCAGAAGCUGCUGGAAGCUGUACAGAGGGGGGAUGUGGGACGCGUGGCUGCCCUGGCCUCCAGGAAGUCUGCCCGACCCACCAAGCUAGAUUCAAACGGCCAGUCCCCGUUUCAUCUGGCAGCCUCCAAAGGCCUGACAGAGUGUUUGACUAUACUUCUUGCAAAUGGGGCUGACAUUAACAGCAAAAAUGAGGAUGGAAGCACCGCCCUGCAUUUGGCUACCAUCUCUUGCCAGCCACAGUGUGUCAAGGUCCUGCUUCAGCAUGGUGCUAAUGAAGAUGCUGUGGAUGCAGAAAACCGUAGUCCAUUACACUGGGCAGCCUCCUCUGGCUGUGCCUCAAGUGUGCUCCUGCUGUGUGACCAUGAAGCCUUCCUGGAUGUGUUAGAUAACGAUGGACGUACACCCCUGAUGAUCGCAUCGCUGGGUGGUCACGCAGCUAUCUGCUCACAGCUACUGCAGAGAGGUGCCCGAGUUAAUGUCACAGACAAGGAUGACAAAUCUGCUCUGAUCCUGGCCUGUGAGAAAGGCAGCGCUGAGGUGGCGGAACUGCUCCUGAGUCAUGGAGCAGAUGCAGGGGCAGUGGACAAAAUAGGGCAUGAUGCUUUGCAUUAUGCUCUGCACACACAGGACAAGGCUCUGUGGAGGCUGCUCCGGCAGGCCUUAAACCGGCGACGGCAGGGAGGCCAGGGGAUGAUUCCAAACCCAGAUCUCACAUCCCAGGACUCUCUAUCUGAGCACCAGGUGGGUUCUCCACCUAAGAGCUCAUGGAGAGCAGAGCCUGAGGAGGAACAGGAAGAAGAGGAGGAGGAUGAAGAUCCAUGCUUAGAAGAAUGGAUAUGGAAGUAUGAAGAGGAGCAGAGGAAAGUUUCUCAGCUGGAGCAGGAGCUGGUACGAAAGACAGAAGAGUGUAAGGCUCAAGCAGCAGCCUACUUGGGCCUGGAGAACCAGAUUAGAGAGCAGGUGCAGGAAUUAGGGUUCCUCCUCUCUCAAGAGCCUGGAGUUCCAGUGGGACAAAGCUCUACUCUCCGGCCUGGAGGGGAUGGCAUGGAGCAGGGUCGUCCCCUGGACUUGCUGGCUGAGCGUAUACAAGAGUUAAAGCAGCAGCAGGCAGCAGCCACAGUAAACCCAUUAGCUCCCAAAAGAGUUGAGGAGUCAGCCCCAGAAAAGAUCCAGAAUGAAGUCCGUGGGCGGUCUCAACCAGAAGAACUGGGGUCAGCCCAGAGCCCAAGGUCUGAGGCCAUUGGGAAAGCCACAGGACAGCAACCAACCACCAAUGGGGGACAGAUCCGAAGCUCUGAUCAUACUGACCAGCUGUGUGCUGGCCAGAAAGAGAGACCCCAGGCCCCAGGAGUUGACCCAGCAGACACAGUGGCUGAACCAGUGGGUACAGCAGCCAUGAACCAACUCUUGCUACAACUAAGGGAGGAGCUGGCUGCAGUGUGGCGAGAAAAGGAUGCUGCCCGAGGGGCUUUGUCAAGACCCAUUCUAGAGGGAGCCCUGGGGACUCCUCGUGCAGAGGCUGCAGCAGCUGCUUGGGAGAAAAUGGAGGCCAGGUUGGAGAGGGUGCUGGUCAGACUAGAUCGAGCAAAGGCAGGACUAGAGGUGAAACCUGAGGUCCGGGCCCAGGAGAACAGAAUGGGUGUCCCAAAGGCAGAACCAGGAUGCAUCAAAGAGCACCAAGAGGAGAAGAGGGCUCCUGGGGCCCGAAGAGAACCUCUGGGGGACUCUGGAGGAGAACAGGCCCCAGGAGGAGGCCUGGCAAAGGCACAGCUGGAGAAGGAGGUGUCAGCACUGAGACUGAGCAACAGUAACUUGCUGGAGGAGUUGGGGGAGCUGGGACGUGAGAGGCAGCGAUUGCAGGGGGAGCUGCAGUCCUUGAGUCAGAGGCUUCAGCGGGAGUUUGUGCCCAAGCCGGAGGCGCAGGUUCAGCUGCAGCAAUUGCGGCGGAGUGUAGGACUGCUGAUGGAUGAACUGGCCAUGGAGAAGGAGGCCACAGAGAAGCUGCGCAAGCACCUGGCCUCCCAGAGCAGUGGUCUUCGAGGUCUAUGGGACUGCUUGCCCCCAGACCUGGUGGGCAAAGGGAGUGCACGAACCAGAGCCUCCGAGCCCCUGGAGGAGCUGCAGGUCUGCAUCAGCACCCUGGUAGAAAAGCAUCGUGAGACCCAGCACAUGCUAACCCGGUUGGAGGCGGAAAACCAGCAGCUGCGGGGAUCCCUGACCCCCAGUGGGGAGCUGGGCGCCUUCUCAAAGGUCCCAGUAUCCCCGCAAGUGGUUGCUCUGGAGCAAGAUUUGGGGAAAUUGGAGGAAGAACUGCGAGCGGUUCAGGCCACGAUGAGCGGGAAGAGCCAGGAGAUAGGGAAGCUGAAGCAGCUGCUCUACCAAGCCACCGAGGAAGUAGCUGAGCUGAGGGCCCGGGAGGCGGCCAGCCUGCGGCAGCACGAGAAAACUCGGGGUUCGCUGGUGGCCCAGGCCCAGGCUUGGGGCCAGGAGCUAAAGGCUGUGCUGGAGAAAUAUAACACAGCCUGCCGGGAAAUGGGUCGGCUGCGGGAGGCAGCAGCGGAGGAACAUCGCCGUAGCGAAGACCUGGCAGCUCGGGCUGCUGAACAGGAGCGUCAGGCCAGUGAGAUGCGCGGGCGCUCAGAGCAGUUUGAGAAAACAGUUGAGAUGCUGAAAGAGAAGAUGGAGCAUCUCAUUGGAGCUUGCCGGGAUAAGGAGGCCAAGAUCAAGGAAUUAUUGAAGAAGUUGGAGCAACUUUCAGAGGAGGUUCUUGCAGUUCGGGGUGAAAAUACUCGCCUUGCCCUGCAGUUGCAGGAUUCCCAGAAAAACCAUGAAGAGAUCAUCUCUACCUACAGGACUCAUCUGCUGAAUGCUGCUCAGGGAUACAUGGAACAGGAUGUGUACAAUAUCCUACUUCGAAUCCUCAGCAUACAAGAGGAGUGAGGCAACCUUAUUAUGCGCCCUCAGAGAUAACGGGAUUUCUUUGUUGUGACCUUCUCCUCCAGUCCAGAAAGAUAAGGGUUCCCUUUAGCAUGCUGACAUGGGGAGGAGGAGACUAAGGAUAUGGAGGUGUGUGCAUUUCAUUCUUGAAUUUCUUCUUUCAGGGAAUAAGAGCG